GCCCCUCCCAGGCCCCGCCUAAUCUAGCCUCUUUCCCAAGCAGCUCUCCCGGCCGCAUCCCUGGCCUCCGCCGCGCGCGGAGCUGCAGCCAUGGCGGUCUCCGGUGAGGGCGCCCGCAGGAGGGAGCGCGUCCUCUGCCUGUUUGACGUGGACGGGACCCUCACGCCGGCUCGCCAGAAAAUUGACCCCGAGGUGGCUGCCUUCCUGCAGAAGCUGCGAAGUAGGGUGCAGAUCGGUGUGGUGGGCGGCUCCGACUACUCUAAGAUUGCUGAGCAGCUGGGAGAGGGGGAUGAAGUCAUCGAGAAGUUUGAUUAUGUGUUUGCUGAGAAUGGGACCGUGCAGUAUAAGCAUGGACGACUGCUCUCCAAGCAGACCAUCCAGAACCACCUGGGGGAGGAGCUGCUGCAGGACUUGAUCAACUUCUGCCUCCGCUACAUGGCCCUGCUCAGACUGCCCAAGAAACGUGGAACCUUCAUUGAGUUCCGGAAUGGCAUGCUGAACAUCUCGCCCAUCGGCCGGAGCUGUACCCUAGAGGAGCGAAUCGAGUUCUCCGAACUGGACAAGAAGGAGAAGAUCCGGGAGAAGUUCGUGGAAGCCCUGAAAACAGAGUUUGCCGGCAAAGGGCUGAGGUUUUCUCGAGGCGGCAUGAUCAGCUUUGACGUCUUCCCUGAGGGCUGGGAUAAGCGCUACUGCCUGGACAGCCUGGACCAGGACAGCUUCGACACCAUUCACUUCUUUGGGAACGAGACCAGCCCCGGUGGGAAUGACUUCGAGAUCUAUGCUGACCCCCGGACCGUCGGCCACAGUGUGGUCUCUCCGCAGGAUACAGUACAGCGAUGCCGUGAGAUCUUUUUCCCAGAGACAGCCCAUGAGGCGUGACCAGGGCCCAGCCUGCACCUUGGGACUUCCAGAGAGUUCCACCCUGGCCUAAAGGAGCUCCUGGCCCUGGUGUUGGGUGGGGUACCAGGGCCCCUCCUCCUCUGGCUCAGGAUGACUGCCUCCUAUUACCUGCUGCAAGGCCCACCUUGAUGGGGCCAAGGUCCGUGUGGACAGCCGUCUCCAGCCAGUCAGCUCCUAGGGGGACUGGCUCCGUCCUCCACCCCGACAGCCCGGGGUGCAGUUGCUGCUUGUACUUGUAGACCGAAGAGAUUUCUUUCUACACCAGGAGUAGGCCUGCACUAGUGUUCAUACGAGAUAGAGCCCGCCCUGCUUGCCUGUCCCAGGCAGGGCUAGAGCACCAAGGAAGGUGCGUAUUUGCCAGAACUUUCUCUCACAAACAUUAAAGUUCCUGGAACAAGG